AUGCCCGCUCCUACCACCACCCUCCUGAUCGAGGGUACCUUCACCGAACUCGCCGAUGAGUUCGCCCAGUACAUUGACGCCCUCCGCAAGAACGAGGGCGCCAGCCUCCAAUCCGAGAUCGCUCCCCUCAUUGAGCCUCUUCGCCAGCAAGAACAGUCGGAAGAGGAGCCCGAUCGCAAACAGCGCGAUGAAGUGCUGAAGAAGUUGGUGGGUGCCGCGGCCGUGUUGAACGCGGCUCCAGAGAAGGAAAUCAUUUCCGCCUACAACCUCCUCGUGCACCUGGUGCACCAGGCCUCCAACCCGGAUAUGUUCCUCUCCCGCAUUUGCACCUACCUCGCCAAACCUAUCACCACCUCGCCUCAGUUUGGCCCCACGCUCGCAAUCUCCAUCCUGUCCACCAUCUUCAACACUCUCGCUCCCACCGACUCCAGCCGUUUCCACGUCCUCCUGGCCAUCGUCGCCGUCAUUCGCCAGUCCGGCUCUUCGUACGCCUUCGAGGCUCUGAAGCCUCAGCUGGCCGCUCAGCUGCCCACCUGGUUGUCUGCCUGGGAGUUGGAUGACGAGGACGCUCAGAAGCUGCACCUUGCUGUUGCCGAUGCCGCUCAGGCUUCGGGCGAUCUUGAAUUGGCACAGACUCAUGUGGUGCAGGCCCUGCAGACGAUCCCCGCCAACGAGUCCUCCAGCAAGGAAGCGCGCGACCUGGCCGUCCGUGCCUUGACCUCCGCCCUGAAGAGCCCCGGCGUUUUCGAUUUCACUUCGUUGACCGCCGCCGAUGCCAUCCAGGCUCUUCGCUCCAGCGACAGCACCCUGUUCGAAUUGCUGGAGAUCUUCACCGCCGACACUCUGGACGCUUACGAGGAUUUCAUCGCGGCCACCCCUCUCGAAACCAUCUCUGGCGGUGUUCUGGCCGAUGGCGCCGAGGCUCUGCAGACCAAGAUGCGCCUGUUGACCCUGGCUUCGCUUGCGGCUUCGACUCCCUCUCGCUCCCUCCCCUAUGCUACCAUCGCCUCGGCGCUGCGCGUGCCCGUUGAAGAUGUGGAGAAGUGGGUCAUCGACACUAUUCGGGCUGGUCUGGUCGAGGGCAAGCUGUCGCAGCUGCGUUCCGAGUUCCUGGUGCACCGGGCCACAUACCGUGUAUUCGGCGAGAAGCAGUGGGCGGAGGUGCAGGGCCGUCUGAUGGUCUGGCGCCGCAGUCUGGAGAGUGUGCUGGGUGUUCUCCGCACCGAGCGGGAGCGCUAUAUCCGGGAGAGCAUGCAGGCCGCGGCUGAGGAGACCGGUCAGGGCAAGUCGGGCGACAAAGGAGCCAAGGGCGGUGACCGGAGACGUAACCCCCAGCAACAACAGCAGUCGCAACCCUCACAACCACAGCAGGCUCGGGAGGUUGAGUUGGUUGGAGGUGCUGAAUAG